GCUCCCCGUCCUGUUUCUCUGUUUCUGACACUAGUUAUUUGAGGCUGAACAUCUCGUGUGGAGGGCAGACAGACGGCAUGACAGAGGAGAAAUGUCCCCAGCUGGUGGACUACUUUGUAGUAGCAGGUCUCGACCCUGCGGGGGCCUGGAGGCCCCUGGACGAGGAUGGCAAAACCUGCACCUCCUCCUCCUCCUCCACGUCCUCCUCCUCGUCCUCGUCGGGCCGAGCCGUGGAGUCGGUGACGGACCUGGCGGUGAUCGCCCGGGGGCUCGGGGAGGAGGUGCCGGAGGGCUUCACCUGCAUCGAGAGGACGCUGGGCGGACACUCGGCCGAGCUGAGCGCCGGCCUCAUCAACAACCCUCACCUGUACCUGUGCUACCGGCGAGGACGCGACAAGCCGCCCAUACUGGACCUCGGGGUCCUGUAUGAGGGGAAGGAGCAGCUGAAGCAGGGCUGGUACGUCGUCGAGACGACGCCCUACAGCCGCUCGGCCAGCCUGAGCUCGGGCGGCGCCCCGACCGCUCGGGUGUUCCUGACGUACCGGCGGGCUCUGGACUCGCAGGGCCUCCACACGCUGGGGGUCACCGACAUCGCCCUGCUGCUGCCCAGCAAAGGAGAGGUCGCCCCGCACACCUUCUGUAGAGUCGACAAGAACCUCAACACGGGCAUGUGGGGUCCGGCUCUGUACGUGUGCUACAAGAGAGCUGUGGCCAAAGCCAACGCGCUCGUCUACAAAGCCAGUCUGAUCAGCCGGUACCCGGAGGAGGACCUGGAGUCGUUUCCUCUGCCGGAGUCGGUGCCGGUCUUCUGUCUGCCGAUGGGCGUCACCGUGGAGAGCUGGCCUCUGAACACAAAGUACCAGCUGCCCGUCUUCUCCACCUUCGUCCUCACCUCCGCCUCCGGGGACAAUGUUUACGGAGCGGCCAUCCAGUUCUACGAGUCGUUCCCCAGGGAGCUGCUGUCGGAGCGGCAGAGCGUGAGGCUCGGGCUGCUCAGCGUGGUCGACCGGCGGCCGAUCACCAACCGCAGCCUGCAGGUGAAGAAGAGCAUCUGCGUCCUCUCCCACUGGCCCUUCUUCACCGUCUUCCAGAAGUUCCUCACCUUCGUCUACAGAUACUCCAUCUCCGGACCGCACGUCCUGCCGCUCGAAAAACACAUCUCCAGCUUCAUGCACAACGUCCCGUUUCCUUCCCCACAGCGACCUCGCAUCCUCGUUCAGCUCUCUCCGUACGACAACCUGCUGCUCUGUCAGCCCGUCUCCUCUCCGCUCCCACUGAGCGGUGCGAGCUUCCUGAAGCUGCUGCAGAACCUCGGUCCAGAGAACGCCUGCACGCUGCUGCUCGCCGUCCUCACCGAACACAAACUGCUGCUGCACUCACUCCGCCCCGACGUCCUCACCUCCGUCAGCGAGGCCCUCGUCUCCAUGAGUUUCCCGCUGCGCUGGCUCUGUCCCUACAUCCCUCUGUGUCCGCUGCAGAUGGCCGACGUGCUGCUGGCGCCGAUGCCCUUCAUCGUGGGCGUCCACUCCAGCUACUUCGACCUGUACGACCCCCCCACUGACGUGGUGUGUGUCGACCUGGACACCAACACCAUCUUCCAGUCAGAGGACAAGAAGCCGUUGUCAUGGCGAUCGUUACCCAGGAAACACGGCAAAACUCUGUUCAACACCCUGACUAACCUCCACAAGACGCUGGAGAAAAUUUGCACUCCCGGUCAGGAGGAGGCGACGCUGGAGUUCCUGCUGACCGACUACGAUCAGAUCUACAGGAGCCAGAAGCAGCUGGAGCUGGAGAUCCAGGAGGCGUUCCGCUUCAUGAGCUGCCUGCUGCGAGGAUACCGAACCUUCCUGCUGCCCAUCACGCAGGCGCCGUCAGACACCACCACCGACUGCAGCUCGCUCUUCAACCUGCAGGGUUUCCUGAAGUCUCGGGAUCGAACGCAGCAGAAGAUCUACACUCAGCUGACGAAGACUCAGAUGUUCACUCAGUUCAUCCAGGACUGCUCCUUCGUCAGCGACCGUCACGCCUGCCUCGAGUUCUUUGACGAGUGCGUCCUGAAGGUGGACGUGGAGAAGCCGGAGGACGUGAGGCUCAUCGAUCUGGACGAGACUCACAGCGGAGAACACACCGUCUUCAUCAUGCCUCCCGAAGAGCCGCAGGAACCUGACGGCUCCGAGUGCCCCGCCCUCUACAGUUAUGAAACUUUCCCUACGCUGAAGCCGGAGCUGUUCGACCGGCCUCAGGACCAGCUCCGGGUCCCCGCGAAGGGCAGCGCCCCGAGCAGCCCCGCCCCCCGCCGCACCAAACAGGAGAUCAAGUUGGCGCAGAAGCGAGCUCAGAAGUACUCGGCGGUGCCCGACAUGUGGUCCAAGUGUCUGCUGGGUCACUGCUACGGCCUCUGGUUCAUCUACCUGCCCACCUUCGUGCGGGCGGAGAGCGCCAAGGUGCGCACUCUGCACACGGCCUACGACGUCCUCAAACACAUGGAGAACCGCAAGGUGGUGCUGCCGGACGAGGUGUGUUACAGGAUCCUGAUGCAGCUGUGUGGUCAGUACGGUCAGCCGGUCCUCGCCGUUCGAGUCCUGCUGGAGAUGAAGAAAGCUGGAAUCACGCCCAACACCAUCACCUACGGAUACUACAACAAGGCAGUGCUGGAGAGCAAGUGGCCGUCCACCAAUCAGGGAGGACGUCUCCGCUGGGCCAAGCUGAGGAACGUCCUAUUGGCCGUGGCCCAGUUCAGGCAGCCAAUCAAACGGCGUCAGAAGAGCGGCUCAGUGGGGUCACGAGGAGAAGCGAUGGUGGACUCAGAUCAGAGGCCCCGCCCCCACUCGACUCUGAUUCGUCAGUCCAGUUGGAGCGGUCUGUCUGAGAGCUCCAGUCACGAGUCGCUGACGGGGUCGCUGGUGAAGAGCAGCAGUCUGAACAGCAUGAAGAUGCCGACCGACAAGGUGAAGCUCUGUAAGAAGACCAUCCUCCGUAACGCAGGGACCAACGGCUGCGGUGACGCCGUCUCCCGUAAGCCCCCGAUGGGACGCAGAGACACCUCCACCCCGCCUCCGGCGCCCCCUGGUGGCGUUCUGGUUCGGCGCAGUCAGGUCUGCCUGUCCACCUUCUACAAAGAGUGUGCAGAGACGGUCGACUCGGAGCCGGACUGCUGCCAGCCCGCAGAGAGAGACGGCAGACCUGCAGGGACUCGAGACUCGUCGGCCGGCAGGAGUAAAGUCGUAGACGAGAACUACAACAACGUGUCCUCCCCGAGCCGAGGAGGUCUGGCGGGGAAACUCCAGCAGCUUCUCACGCCGACGAGACACCGAGUGUCUGUUCGACGAGCCGCCAGCGUGGACGACCGGCGACCAGGUGGAGGAGGAGGAGGAGGAGGAGCAGGAGGGAUAGGACGAAGGGUGUCGGAGCAGAGGCAGUCCAGGAAAGCUCAAGUGGCUGAAACGCUGCUGAAGGCCAAGGAGAGGCUGGUCAGCGCGACCUCAGAGAGUUCGUUGUCUGUAGGAAGUGACCUCGACUUGACGGACAUGCCCAGUCCAGCCUAUCCUCUGCGCCGGUCGUGGGACGCCAACCAGGAGGCGACGGGUCUCGAGGUGUUGAUGUCCAGCUGCUCUCUGUGUCGCAGCUGCAACUCGUUGGUUUAUGACGAGGAGAUCAUGGCCGGCUGGACGUCGGACGACUCCAACCUGAACUCGUCCUGCCCGUUCUGCUGCGCGUCCUUCGUCCCCUUCCUGAACGCUGAGAUCUGUGAUCCCGGACCCGUCAGCAGCGUGGAGCGCACUAACUGGAACGUGGAGGACGAGGUGGAGAGCGCCGUGAGGCCCCCCAGCGCUCAGGAGGCGUCCCUGAGACUCCAGUGUAACGGUCUGAGUGAAGACUCCAGCUCCGAGACCAGCAGCUACUCCGAGAACAGCAGAACCACCUCGGGCUCGUCGGUGGGCGGCGUCCCGCAGGUGACGGUGGCCUACCUGAGCCCUCUGGUCCUGAGGAAGGAGCUGGAGAGUCUGCUGGAGAACGAGGGCGAGGCGGUCCUGGCUCAGCCUCAGUUCCUGGAGAACCACUCCAUCAUCUUCUGGAACCUGGUGUGGUACUUCCAGCGCCUCGGCCUGCCCAGUAACCUGCUGCAGCUGGUCAGAGCCUCGCCACUGGUCAGCCAGUUCACCCAGCAGGAGAACUCAGCAGUGAGGGUUCGGCUCCUCUGGGACACUCUGACCCCUGACACAGACCAGUGGCCCCCCCUCUACAUCCUCUGGAGGAUCCACAGUGGCAUCCCGAUGAGGAGCUACAGCUGGCGGAGACACAACCACCCGUUCACGCUGUCCUUCCUGGAGGAGGUGCUGCGCUGGGUCGGCAUGAACGAGGUGCACAAAGCCAUCACCCUCUUCCUGGACACGCUGGCCAAACAGCCGGGCUCCGCCUGGACGCAGAGGAGUUUGUACAGAGAGUUCCUCUUCCUCACUCUGGCAGCUAUGGGCAAAGACCACGUCGCUGCGUUCGAUAAGAAGUACAAGGCGGCGUACUCUCGGCUCAGCGGCACUCUGGGUCGUGAGGAGCUCCGGAAGAAGCGAGCUCAGCCUCCCAGCCCCAAAGCCGUCGACUGCAGACGCAGCUUCCACCCGCCGCUCGAAUGCUGAUGAUCCAGGAACACGCCACGUCCCUGAUGACUUCCUGCAGCGUUCGUCCCUCCGAGGCAGCGGAAGAGGAAAACCGGCAAACCCGGGAUCCCUGCUGCCUUCACCUGCUUGUAUCCUUCACCUCUCCGCUGCCGCCUGGUGGAUGUCGGAGUGACGCGCUCCGUCCUGUCCUCUGUAGCUCUGUUUGCCUCGUCGAUGUGAAUCCAGCAGCUCUUUGUCUUCAUUUAAGAUCCUGGAAGUUGGUGCGGCUGCAGCAGACGGAGCUGAUCCGGGCUGAAGAGCUCGUGCGGGAACGCUGAAUCACUUAGAUCUGUGCGUCGGUCGAGUCGUCGGAAGAAAACCGGUGGAAGCUCAGGUUGGUGCAUGUUCAGAGGGAUCAGCUGUGUCGCUGCGAACGUUUUGUUUCUCAAUGUUUUGUUUUUUUUUCAAUACGCAUCCAGAUGAUAACAAUCGGAAAUUUCUGGAGUAUUAAAA